UAACAUAUGGUGAUACACUUUAUUUAGACUUCACCAAGAAUGAACAACUAUACAUUAGUAUAGUGGCAUUACUAUCAUAUUUACAUUUGCAGCCAUGGACAAAACUUUCGCUCAUCUUUUUGCAUUUGCUGUUUUUUUACUAUCCUAUUCCUCCCCAAAGUCUUUCACAACUGCCAACCUCGCCACUGAUCAGUCUUCCCUUCUUUCCCUAAAAACUCACAUAAUUUCCGACACUUAUCUCACAAAUUGGAGCAAUUCAAGCUCCGUUUGCAGUUGGAUUGGUGUCACAUGCAGCACGCGCCACCGCAGAGUCGCCGCGUUAAAUAUUUCCGACAUGGGCCUCUCCGGCAACAUUCCACCACAGCUAGGAAACCUCUCCUUCCUCGUUUCACUCGACCUCGCCAGCAACAAUUUCAGUGGCACUUUGCCGCAAGAGUUGUCUCGCUUGCGCCGCUUGAAAAUUAUGUCUCUCUCCGUCAACAAUUUCGUGGGAGAGAUCCCAUCAUGGUUGCCUCUCUUACCAAAACUUGAGUUCAUAUCUCUGAGAGGGAACAGUUUCACAGGUUCUAUUCCAAAAUCUAUCUCCAACUUAACAAAUCUAUAUCAUCUUGAUUUUUCUUCCAAUUCUCUCGAUGGAAAAAUCCCACAAGAGUUGGGUGAACUUCAAAGGCUGCAACAUCUGGUCAUUCAAUCUAAUCAUCUCUCAGGCAUUAUACCAUCUGCCUUAUUCAACAUGUCUUCUUUACGAAGAUUAGCUUUCAGAUCAAAUGAAUUGAGUGGAAAUCUUCCAAACGAUUUGUGCGCCAAUCUUCCGGUGAUUCAAGAGAUCUACCUUGGUAUCAAUCAAUUGAGCGGCCAAAUUCCAUCAAAUCUGUCGCGAUGUUCACAACUUGGACUUCUAUCGUUGGCUUCGAAUUCUUUUAGUGGACAGAUACCAGCAGCCGUUGGCGACUUAAAAUCUAUACGAAUUCUACAGCUUUCGCGAAACCAUUUAAGUGGCACUGUGCCACUUAAUAUCUUCAAUAUCUCUUCUUUGCGAAGUUUAUACCUAUCGAGCAAUAAACUCUACGGGAACCUUUCAAGGGACAUCGGAAAUCUUACAAUGCUAACAGACUUGUUUCUCUCCGAGAACAACUUCACAGGUCUUAUACCCCCAGAAAUUGGACAUCGUCUUUACCACCUCGAAACACUUGCAUUAGGGGUGAAUAUGUUCAUCGGUUCAAUUCCACCUGAAAUUUUUAACAUCUCAACUCUUAGAGUUGUUGAACUUACAAGGAAUGAUCUCUCCGGUGCUCUUCCAACCAAUUUGUGCAGUGGGUUUCCCUUUCUUCAAGAACUUUACCUUGGUGAUAAUCACUUCAGCGGACCAAUACCCGAAUCCAUUUCCAACUGUUCUCAACUCACGCACCUUGAUCUCGGUGCUAACAAAUUCACUGGCCUUCUACCUCACUCUCUUGGAACCCUAACCUUCCUUCAAAAGUUAAGUCUUAUAGACAACAAUCUAACAUCAUCAUCUUCACAUUUGAGCUUCAUUACUUCAUUGACAAAUUGCAGAUCAUUGUCUUUCUUGGCAAUUGAUGAUAAUCCUCUCGGUGCCACUCUCCCAUCUUCCAUUGCCAACUUAUCUUCCCACCUCCAAACAUUCUCGGCAUUCAACUGUAGAUUAAAGGGUGGAAUUCCUGCUGAGAUAGGAAAUUUGACCAGCUUGGUUGAACUCUCUUUACACAGCAAUGAUUUGUCCGGUAAUAUUCCACUUACUGUGAAACAUUUGCUCAACCUCCAAAGCUUAAAUGUACGUAAUAACAGCAUCACAGGCAUCAUUCCACAUGAUCUGUGUGAUUUACACAGCUUGUCUGAAUUGAGAUUAAGUGGGAAUCAAUUGUCAGGGGAAAUUCCAAAUUGUUUAGGAAAUGUCACAUCCUUGCGCUAUCUUUUGCUAUCCUCCAACAAGCUGACUUCAACCAUACCAUCUGGCUUGUGGAGUCUAAAGGAUCUGCUAAGGCUAAACUUAUCUUCGAACUCAUUGAUCGGAUCCCUACCUAUGGAGGUUGGUAAUUUAGCUGCAUCGAUUUACAUAGAUCUAUCAAUGAACCAAUUGUCAAAGUCCAUCCCAAGCACGGUUGGUAAUCUGCAAAAUUUGGUUAGUCUUUCUUUGGAACAUAAUCGACUUGAAGGUUCAAUCCCAGUGUCAAUUGGGAGUAUGAUCAGUUUGGAAACUCUAGAUUUAUCCUAUAAUAACCUCUCUGGUUCAGUGCCGAAAUCUUUGCAGGCACUUACGCACCUCAACAACUUUAAUGUCUCUUUCAAUGCUCUAAGUGGAGAAAUUCCCAGUGGUGGUCCGUUUAUGAACUUCACAAUGGAGUCCUUCAAAGGUAAUGAAGCACUAUGUGGAAUUCCAAGGUUCGAUGUCCCAACUUGUAAUGUUGUCAACAAACACAAAUCAAAAAAGGUAGAAUUUGCUUUAUUCAUUCUUGUUGGGGUCGUCGCUUUUACCACAAUUCUAUGUUUGGGCUUCAUUUUUAUCAGAUUCAAAAUGAAAGAUAGAGCAAAAAGUGAAACUAUUGAAAUUUUGUCUGUUGUACCUGGAAGAAUUUCAUAUUAUGAACUUUCACAAGCAACUCAACAGUUCAAUGAGAGCAACUUACUAGGCACAGGAAGUUUUGGUUCUGUUUAUAAAGGGAUUCUUGGAAAUGGGAAUGGCAUCGCUGUAAAGGUGUUUAACUUGCAAUCCGAAGCUGCUUUCAGGAGCUUUGAUGUUGAAUGUGAAGUUCUACGUAAUAUUCGUCAUAGAAAUCUGACAAAAGUCAUAAGCACUUGCUCUAAUGAAGAAUUCAAGGCUUUGGUACUUGAAUACAUGCCAAAGGGUAACCUCGAGAAAUGGUUGUACUCACACAACUAUAUCUUAGAUUUCAUACAGAGGUUGAACAUAAUGAUUGAUGUGGCAAUGGCAUUGGAAUAUCUCCACCAUGGAUAUUUCACCCCAAUUGUUCAUUGUGACUUGAAGCCCAGUAAUGUCUUGUUAGACGAAGAAAUGAUUGCUCAUGUGAGCGAUUUUGGUGUAUCAAAACUAUUGGGUGAAGGGGAAAGUGUCGUGUUAACAAAAACAUUGGCAACACUAGGUUACAUUGCUCCAGAGUAUGGUUUCGAAGGACUGGUCUCCACAAAAUGUGAUGUCUAUAGCUAUGGUGUGAUGUUGAUGGAAAUCUUUACGAGAAAGAAACCAAGCGAUGAUAUGUUUGCUGGAGAUCUAAGUUUGAAGAUUUGGAUUGAAAGCUCAGUUCUACAAUCAACAUAUCGAGUUAUAGAUGACAACUUACUAAUGAAUGUUGACGAAGAACACGGUGACAAAAUUGUGGAAUUCACAUCAUCCAUAUUGGAGUUGGCUUUAAAGUGCUCUACAGAUUCCCCAAAGGAAAGGAUUAACAUGAAAGAAGCUCUAGCAGAGAUGUUGAAAAUCAAACGCCAGUUCUUGGAAUGAAGCUUAAAUCUCAGUGGUAAGAUGGAAUUCUUCAGCUACAUCCAUCCAAACUCUUCCAAAUGCAAGUUGGUCGAUUCCACUAAGGGCUUUUCUUUUCUCUUUUUCACCAGUUUCUUGAAUUAAAUCAGGUGGGAAUUGUUUCUUUAAUGUUAAGCGAUUUGUAACCCAACUGUAUAGUACGGUGAAAUGUUUGAAUGAGAAUGAUGUUUAUGAUUUGCUUUUA